AAGGCCGAUGCCAGCUGAGAGCAAAUGGAAACUUUUCUGAAGCAGAUGACCCAUGGCAAGGCUCUGUUUCUCAUCAUCAUUUUGGGGAUUGGGGGAAGUUUUCAUACUGGUUACCACAUAACUGGUCUGAGUUCUCCCUCACCAUACAUUCAGCACUUCAUCAACAGUAGCUGGUGUGACAGAUAUGGCGAGCCUCCUCCUCAACAGAUGAUCACCAUGAUUUGGUCUCUUAUCGUCUCCAUGUUUGCUGUAGGGGGACUCUUCGGCGCUGUCAGUGUCACAUUCUUCUCGAGCAGGAUGGGAAGAAAAGAAGCAUUGACCUGCAACAGCUUCAUUGCCGUUGUUGGAGCAGGGAUUAUGCUGACCAGUAAGGUGGCUAAGUCUUUCGAAAUGAUUAUUGUGGCAAGGCUCCUGUAUGGCUUUUCUGCAAGUUUGGGAAUGAGCAUCCACUUAAUGUAUCUUGCAGAGAUUUCACCUAGAAAAAUAAGAGGCAUAGUGACUUUGACCUCAGCAAACUUUACUUCACUUGGCAAACUCUUUGGACAGUUUUUUGGUUUAAGUGAGAUCCUUGGGCGCGAGGACACGUGGAACAUUCUCCUCUGUGUCCCUGCAUGUUUCUCCGUGGUUCAAAUUCUGGUGCUGCCUUUUCUUCCGGAAGCUCCCAGAUAUCUCUUCAUUGAGAAAGGUGACGAUAAGGCAUGCCAAAGAGCAUUGCAGAGUUUGUGGGGAAAAGGUGACUACAGACAGGAAAUGGAUGAGAUGCUAACUGAGCAGCUGGCCAUUGAAGCUUCCCCACAAAAAACCCCUCUGCAGCUGCUACGGGAUCCGACUGUCCGAUGGCAGCUAAUCACUAUGGCCACCAUCAUAAGCUGCACCCAGCUGUCAGGCGUUUCUGUGAUUAGUACCUUUUCAUUUGACGUUUUCUUGGAGGUGGGCGUAUCCCAAGACAAGAUCCGCUACAUGACACUUGGCCUUGGAAUAGUUGAAAUCAUCACUUCCAUCUCCUGUAGUCUUCUGAUCGAGCAUACAGGGAGAAGGCCAUUGUUCUGGGGGGGUUAUAGUGCCAUGUCUGCAAGCUGGGUGCUCAUUACCGUUGUACUCUACUCUAAGCAGGACUCAAGCUACUGGGCUCCAUACGUUACUGUUACUUUGAUCAACCUCAUCAUCAUCUUCUUCUGCAUAGGACCUGGGGCAAGUACACCGACACUUAGCAGCGAGAUCUUCCUGCAGUCUAACCGUCUGGCGGCGUUUGUGCUCCUGGGAGUGCAUCGCUGGCUCUUCCAUGCAGUUAUGGGCCUCAUGUUUCCAUUUCUUAUCAAGGCUCUCGGUUCAUACUGCUUCGUGAUGUUUGCCGGUGUGUCCCUGCUGGGUGGCCUGUACACUUUCUUCCUUUUGCCAGAGACUAAAGGAAAGACCCUGCUGGAAAUCUCCGAGGAGUUUAAAGCCAUCACCCUCUGUGGGAAGUCUUUCCUGGAGGAAGAGAGACUGAAGACCAAGUUUUGAAGCAGUGUCCAAGUUGCUACGGACAAUUAGAGAGAACAUGAGAAAGUGUUUGAAUGAGUGAAAAAUGCAUAUUAAAUCAAACCUUUUCUCUGUAAACUUGCACAUUUCUCAGUUUCAAAGACAUUUUUUGGGGUUUAUUUGUCUUUUCUGUACACCCGGGGAUAUGAUGAAGAUAAAACAUUUUACUAAAUA